UAGGAUGUAGUCGGAGAUGAGAUAGGAGGAGACAUUAUUACAAGACGCUUGGUAGUUUUGUUGUUAAUCCAUCUCUAAAGCUUCUCAUCUCAUCUGUGUUUUCUGAAGGAGACUGUUUGGUUGCUGGCUCAGAUUCAGAAAACAAACAUCAUAGGAACAAAAAAAUAUAAAGAUUCUCAAUUGCUGGAAGUAGAAAGUUCAGAGAGUUCAUUUCCAGCUACAGAAGUUCAAGUAAUCUGAGAUUUAUCUUCGGUUUAGAUCAAAUCAGAAGUAGAUCUUAUCUGGGUUUUAUCUGAAAAAGCCAAGUUUGUUGAAUCUUGAAGCAAUCCAAGUGUUGCAAAACAUUUGAAUUUUCAAGAAAUUAAGAUUAGCACAAAAGAAUCAGAUAUGAGCAGUCUUUUAUACAAAUACAAUCCUAAUUUUAAGGCCUCAGAGGUAGAGCUGAGGAAGAACCACACUGCGGAGUUCAUGGAUUCGAAUAUUUUCCAGCAACAGCAUCCUCAGCAGCAGCAGCAGAGCUCCAGCUUAACGCGGUAUCGGUCAGCUCCAAGCUCAUUUCUGAUGGAGCUUAUGGAUAACAAUGGCGGCGGCGGCGGAGGAGUUGAGGAUUUGCGGUAUCUUCAACCGUCAAGCCCUGAAGUCGAAACGGUGCUAGCCAGAUUCAUUUCUUCAUGUAAUGAACCAGAUCACCAUGACAAUGGCGUGCAGCAUCAUCAGUUUGAAAUCGAAGAGAGGCCGGUGAAUGUGAAGGAAGAGUCAGGGGACUCUGUUUCUAAUCACAGUAAUGGUUACUCGAAUUCUACUCAUAUGAUGUACCAAGCUCCUCAAGCUCAACAAGUUCAUGGUUUAGAUAGCAGCUCCUUUGCUGCAGUCAACUCUACCGUAAUGGAGAAUUCGAUGAUGCAAUCGAAAAUUGGGGUUGGAAAUCGGUCUAAUCUUGUUAGACAAAGUAGCUCUCCGGCUGGAUUCUUCCCUAACUUGGCCGUUGACAAUGGCUUCAAUGUGAUGAAAGACUCGGCGGGAUAUCGCGCAGGCAAUGGUGUAAGUGGAGAAGCCAGUCCAUCAACUUCUAGGUUGGGUAAUCAACUGAAUUUCUCAUCUAGGCCAUCUUCAUACGCACAUCGUAUGCCUCGGAUUGCUGAAAAUGAGAAUGGGAACUCGGGAGAAGGUAGCCAACCGCAACCGAAUCAUGGUUUAGGAGAUGCUAAUGGUAGCAAUUCACAUUACCACUCUAGCUUUCCAAAUGAUUCAUGGGAGAAUUCUUCAUUUAAUGACCUCAAAAGAGCCAGGGACAAUGACGGGAACAAGUUUUCUACUUCGAUUGCAUUCAAAUCACAGAACAAUGAUUUGGGAAACCACAAUCACGGUUUGACUCAACAUUUGAGCUUGCCUAAACAAUUUGAGAUGCCUGCUAUGGAGAAGUACUUGCAAUUUGAAGAUUCUAUUCCUUGUAAAAUUCGUGCCAAAAGAGGCUUCGCCACUCACCCGCGAAGCAUCGCAGAGAGGAUGAGAAGGAUGCGGAUUAGUGAAAGAAUGAAGAAAUUGCAGGAUCUUUUCCCGGACAUGGACAAGCAAAUAAACACGGCAGAAAUGUUGGACUUGGCGGUUGAGUUCAUAAAAGACCUUCAGAAACAGGUUAAGACCCUCAAAGAUACCAAGGCGAAGUGCAGUUGUUCGAGCAAACAAAAAUAGACUCGAUGCAAAUUCACAUGCGCGGUUUGUUCAUGUAAAGGUAGCAGUUGAAGAUCGGAGAGGAAAGGGAAAGCAAUUUCUGUUUUGUUUUCUGGUCUAUUUCACUUGAGAGAUAGUAGUAGAAUGGUAGGAUGUAUUCUGGGUGUGGAAUUUUAACCUGUUUCAUGUUAGCUUUUAGGCUUCUGUUAUCAAGUUCUUCAUGAUGUAACAAAAGCACAAUAAAAACUUAGCUCAAAGCACUUGUCCAAGGGAUGAGUGAGAGUCCAGAAGUGAAUUAAGAUUACGAUGUGUUAUGGUUC